AUGAUGGACUAUAAACAAGAACCGGGCAGCGCAGUCAGCGUUGCUUCCUCGACCGGCACGCUGUGCGCGCCAUCUCUCCCGAUGAGUGGCAAACGCCUACAUAUCCAGAGCAACGGCAUCAGGCUGAUCUGGCCGCCGCUGCCCAUGUCGCAGAAGGAGGUCCCCAUCUACAGCGAGGACGGCGCGCUCGUCUACGUUGCCGCCAAAGACCAGGCCUGGACCUGUCGAUGGGUUCUCUCGUCACCCAAGCAGGGGCCUCUCGUCUCCAUCGAGUGUCUCCCGGGCGGCCGGCCCUGGCUGCGUCGGCUGGAUUCGGGGACGGGCCACGCGGUGCCAUCAAUCGGGUUGCGAGCCAAAUGGACGUCUCGCGCGGUCACGUUCGCACCGUCCGAGGGCGCCCGUACGUUGGAGUGGAAAUACGUCAAGAUGAGGAUGGCGAACAGCGAGAGACUUGCGACGCUGCGACUGGAGCAGACGGAAGAACGCGAGGGAUUGCUUCACACGCAGCCUGUCGCGCACCUCGUCCGGGGGGCACCAUCCUGCCACGCGGCGGGACAGGGCGGAGAGCUGAUUCUGGAGUCAGAGGGAGCGACGGGGGAGGUGGACGAGGCGCUGGUGGUGGCCAGCUGUCUAGUCAUGCUGCGACGCGAACGCGAUCGGCGUCGAUUUGUGCAGGCGAUGGUGCUCGGGGCGGCGGUCAGCUGA